AGUAUUUCUGAUAUCCUAGCAUGUCGAGAUUCCUGCUUGAUGGAAAAGUUCACCAAAAGUUCAUGACGUUAUCUUGGUAAAAAAGACAGGAACUUCGUACCAAUCUCCACUAUUGAUGUGAUAGUUACUUUAGUUUCAGAUCGGACAGGAGUGUAAUCAGUUUUGAGAAGAGAAGUGCAAUCUCUGACAGGGCACUAAGGCAGCUAGCUCUUUAGAGACCAGGAAUAAAGAGAUAUAGCAGAAAGUGAGAUAUGGCACAAUGGGGAGCUCUCGUGACCCAGCCUAACAGAGCUUUACAACUCUACCGAGACAAGGACUUUCCUCUCGACGUUCGGCACCACCUGGCUCAUUACAUCGAAUCCAGGUCUUGGAUGUCGUUACCUCCAACACGAGCUCAGGAGGAACUAGCUGGCCUUAUCAACGCUCUCGACGCUAAGGUGGUUGAGCUGCAGAAUACUGGUCAGUUAGAUCUGGUUUUGGCGUCCCACAAGUUAUCACAGUGCAGAGCUCAGCUUAUUAACUUGUACGGUAAAAACCCUGUUCUUCUUCUUCAGACUCUCAGCAUGCUCCUUCAAACUGAACACAAACUAUUAACAGAAGAGUUUCAGCAGCAGUGCAUGUCACCUAUGAGUGGUCCCAUGACCCCACUCAGUGCACCUAUGACCCCUGACAUGAACCAGUCCCGAUCCGGAGGACUCCCUGCCAUUUCCAAUACCCUCACUAAUCUGGAUAGUUGGGGGCAGAGUGCUAACAUUAUAUGUCAGUACCUUGGGAACACCAAAGACGUGUUGAACAAAAUGUCGCCCAACAAGAGAGUAGCGAUGCAGAGCAAGAUGAAGCGACUGCAAGGAAACCUGGACAAACAUCUCCAAACUAUCGAGCAAGCUCGACGGUAUUUGAGGAGCAGUAUUGAGACUACAGUGGCCAAGUUGUGCGUACAGAACGAGAUGAUAUUGCAGAAUAUCACUGAUUAUAAGCUGUCUCAACGUCGUGCGCUUGUAAGAUUUGAAGCUCAAGUGAAUAUAAACGACGUAGAAGCUAGAGUUAAAAGUCACGUGGUUGAACUAGAAACCUGCUUGCAACAGAUUCGCCUGGCUGUGCGGCACUACAACACCGUAAAAGACAUCAGCUCCAACAGUCCAGACGAAUCAAUGACCAUCAUAUCACUCCGAGAUAAGGUUGUAAACCUUAUCAAGAACCUAGUAAGCAACGCAUUGGUUAUUGAGGAGCUGCCCUCGGCUAUUCUUAAGAAAGACACCAAGUUCGCAGCUACUCUUAGACUGUUGGUUGGCGGACAUUUCGGUAUCAAGAUGAACCUACCAGAGGUCACGUGUACGCUAGUGUCCUUCUCCCAGAUACAGGACAUCCUGUCUGGAGAGGUGCUACCUAACAAGACCGGCUGUGGUGACAUCCUCAACGGGAGCAAUGUCAUGGAGCAUCACCCCUCCACCAACUCAGUCAAACUCUUCAUGAAGAAACUCAUGCUCAAAAAGUACACGAGAGCGUCUUCAGCGGACAAGGCGGGGGAGGAGAGGUACGGACUAUGUUUCACCUCCACACUCUCCCUCCACCUAGCGGAGGAGCAGAGUAUCACUCUCUGUACCAUCAGUCCUAGUUUAGCUCUUAUUGUUCACACCAGACAGAUAGCAUUAGCGGAGGCAACAGUGAUCUGGGACAACUCCUUUUGUCAAAACGGUGAGAAACCAAUCGAAGAAGUCACUUGGGCCCAACUUGGCAAAGUUUUGUCGUCCUGGUUCAAGAUGCAGACUGGGAGAGGUCUCUCCGAUAACAAUGUUAGGUGUUUGGGCCGGAAACUCUUGCGGAGUGAUCACGUGUCAGACAAGGAUACUGUGUCGUGGAAAGUGUUUGCUAAGGAGAACCAAGCAGACCGAGCGUUUUCAUUCUGGGACUGGGUCUACAGUGCCUACGAUCUGAUAGACAAGUGUCUGAGGGACUUGUGGAAGGAUGGGCUGGUUGAAGGUUUCAUCAGUAAGGAUGAGGUGCAGAGUCUGUUAUACAAGUGUGAACCUAAUACCUUCAUCUUAAGGUUUAGUGACAGCAUGGUAGGGGGUAUAAGUGCCAGCUGGUUACACCAAGAACCAGGCGGGAGAUCUCCGGGUGAGAUACUCCAUCUGGAGCCCAGCACCCACCGGGGCUUGUCUUACAUAUCUCUGGCAGAGCGCAUUAUGGGGCUCCCGGAUUUGAAAGUUCUGUAUCCGAAUAAGCCGAAGAAUCAAGUUUUCUCUAAGUACAUACAGAAACGUGAGAUGGGAGCUUCCGACACGGCAUAUGUUAGACAGAACAUCAGCGUGUCAGUAGAUCUACCUAGACAUCAUUCUGCGCCGUUACUUAGCAACGAUUCAAGUUUUGGCAGCACGUUAAACUCACCCUGCACCCCCUACCUGGACGAUGACUUGUUUGACUCGCUCGACUGCUCCGACUUUAAUGUUUCACCUACUGCAGCACAUGAGAUGCCGGAUGACCAGUACCCGAACCCGCACUCUGACUCCACCAUCUACACUCAUCCUGAUAGCAUGUUGACCGAGUCCAGCAUGUACUCCGUCGGUGACAUCGAACCUUCACUCGCUGAACUCGAUCUGGACUCACUUAUCAACACUGCUCAGAAUAAUCUGAACUCGAUAAGUAACAUUAACAACGGGAAUUCGAGUACUGAUCAUGACAUGUUUUUUGGGGAUCAUUGGUGACGUUUUGGAUGUAAGAUUACGUCACGUGAGGAAUUGAUGACGUCACGUGAGGAAUUGAUGACGUCACUUGAUGAUUGAAAGAAUGAUUUUGACAUUGUAAGGAUACGUGACACCCUGAGUUCUUUUGUGGGUUUUAUUUGAUUUUGAUGGGAAUUUUCUGCUUGUUUCUUCUUUUUUGCUCAUUUUAUCUGUCGGCUUACGGCUAGAUCUGUUUUAUUCAUGUGUGCAUCUAUUAUAAUCGACUAAGCCAGACUGGGCUUAGACAUACAAUUACAUCUGUCUUCUGUAUGUAUCUACCGUCCGGGCGUGACAUAGUCGAAGUACUAUAAUUUUUUGUGGAACAAAGCUGUUUAAAUUCCAUGUUUUUUUGUACAAUUUUGUAAAAUAGUUUUUUGCGAAACGAUUUCAAAUGUUUAUAUCCACAGAAUGUGCUAUUAAAAUGGAAAUAAUUAACAAUUAUCUUUCAAUUCAAUGUUGCAAUGUUACAAGGUA